UCUCCUCUUCCUUCUAACUCAUUUUUCAUUCUGCUUGCAGAAAUAAGUUCGUUCUUUUUUCAGAAUUUCUUUCUAAAAUGUGCUUUUGAUCCUGUGACUGGCCUGCUCAAGAGCAUUUGAUGAUUUCCACUUUUUUCAGGACGAAGUCUAGAGAUUAGCAAGCCUGAUUUUGGCCAUUCUUUGCAGCCUCAUUGCCAUGUCUGAAUAUACCCAUAUUUUAUACUAUUGACCCCUUUACUAUUUUCAAAAUCACCACAGAACAGACCUUUUUAAGGUUUUGAUCAUGCCAGUCCCUCUGCUAGAGGGCUCUGUUCAACCCCUGGUUCAUCCUUUAAGAAUCAGCUCAGUUUGCUGCCCUUGGUUGUGGGGUCCUUGUUGGCAUUGAGGCUGCAGCAGUCAUGGUGAACUUACUUCACCUUGUGCGUGACCACUGGGUUCAUGUACUUGUCCCUGUGGGAUUUGUCUUUGGAUGUUACCUACACAGAAAGAAUGAUGAAAAGCUAACUGCCUUCUGGAAUAAGAGUAUGUUAUUUAAAAGGGACUUGAGAUCCAAUAAAGAAGUUAUCUGGAAGUAAAAACUGAAUUACAGAAUAUUCACAUUUGAAAAGUUAUGAGA